CAUUUUUCUUUUCUUUCAUUUUGCAGUUAUCUGUGGGCUGUAGGUUUCAAUCAAUUUGAUUUUGUCACUUUACAAUUCUUCUGUAUGUUUAUUUCAUUUGCGUACAUUAUUGAACAUUAGUUAAUUUGAUUUGGCCAAAUCACAAAAUGGAAAAUGCUGAAGAAGUGUUUCAUUUACUAGAGGAAUUUUCAAAACGCAAGCCUAAAACCAUACCUCAGGAGCUAAACGAUUACUUGGCGUAUGUAGCACGUACCGGUGAUCCUGUGUAUCAAUGGUCUCUUGUGAAAAGUUUAUUCAAAGAGAAGUUGUUAAACGUUAUAACUGAUUUUUAUGAAACAACCCCAGGUAUCGAAAUACCGCCGUACCCCAAUGUGGAUCCGUUUAAUUACGAUGUUAUGAAAAAUAGUUUAUUGGAAAGACUCGACAGUUUUACUUCAGCACCGUUUACUAUUCAACGAAUUUGUGAGCUACUAGCAUUCCCUCGUAAGCAGUAUAAUCGCGUGGACAAAUUUAUGAGAGCUAUUGAGAAAAAUAUCUUAGUUGUAAGUACACGAGAGCCCGGCAUGCAGCGACAUAUUGAGUUGGAGAAUGGUGAACCAAUGGAACCUAUUGUCAACGGCUCGGACAACAACUCUGAGUACAACGUAGAUGUCGAAAUGGAAGAUGUAUCGUGGAAGGAAAAUUCGGAGCAAAACAACACUGACCCCCAACCAAGUUCUUCAGAUACACAUAUCUCUGUCGAUAACACUGAAGAGAAGGUUCAUACAAAGCAGGAAACUCAAAUGGAUACUCAAGACAAGGUAAGCAAUAUACAAGAAUCAGCUGAGAUAGAGAACUCGGUAUUAAGUAACACACCUCCUCAAGAACCAGAAGAUAAGAUUGAUGAUACCUUGUCUGAACCAAUUUUGGAAUCACCCGAGGAACCAAUAGAUGAAUUGAAAAGGGAUUCAUCUCUUCCAUCAUCAAAAGUGAAAGAGGAUGAUGAAAUGAAAUCAGAUGAUGUAACAAAUGUAUUAAUUGUACCGGAAAUUAAAAUAGAUGAUGCAGAAAUGACAGAGCAAAAACUUAAAGCUCAAUAUGAUGAGACAGCUGAAGUUGCUAAAGAAGAAAGUAAAAAUGAGAGAGAGAUUGAAGAUUCUAAACCUAGUGUAGAUCCUCCACUGGCAAUUAGCGAGGAUAGUUGUUCAAGUUCAAAUAGUAAAGAGGAUGUCGCAGAACCAAAAAUGAUUUCUGAAGUGUCAACAUCAAGUGAAGAGAGUUCUUCAUCUAGCGACAACACUGAUGGUAAUAGCAACUCUCCAAGAACUGACCCAGAAUCUCAAACAGAUGUUCAAGUUGGUGCAAUUACUGUAGAUGGUGCUAAAGAAAUUACUAAAGAGGAUGAAGAGAAGAUUGAUGAAACACCAUUACCUAGUCCUGCUGUGGAAAAUCCAAUAAAAGCAUCAAUUCAAACAGAUAAUUAUUCUAUCAGCGAUGUUAACUCAGAGAUACAACAAAUACCUUCAGAGGCAUUUACCAAGUCAGAAGAUAUUAAAGAAACUGCCGCUGUUGAAGAAAAGACUGAACAGAAAUUAGAAGAAACUGAAACUCCAGAAAAAACAGAACAACCACAAUGAUUCAUGUGAUACAAAAGUGUUAUUGUCAAUAACUGUGGCUUAUUUUGAACAAAAUUUUAUCAAAUGUGGCUCACUUAAUAUAAGCAUAAAGACUUGAAUAAAGUAUUAAAUGUAGUAAAA